AUGAAUAAAAGUGGACCUAUUACACUACCUUGUGGCACCCCAGAGGUAACAUUAAGAAAAGAUGAGGAAGCUCCUUCAACGACAACACAUUGUUUGCGAUCACGAAGGUAAUCAGCAAACCAGUUAAGAAGUGGACCUGAGAUUCCAAACGAUUUGAGUUUGAACAAAAGUUUGCUAUGGGACACCGAGUCAAACGCUUUAGCAAAGUCGAGAUAAAUCAGGUCUGUUUCCUUUCCAGAGUCAAGAGUACGACCAAGGUCGUCAAGUACACUCAAAUGUUGAGUAACACACGACCUUUUACAACGAAAGCCGUGUUGAAGGUCGUACAAGGAGUUUUCAACAAAAGAAGAAACCUGCCUGUAAAUUAA